CUGCAGCCGGUCCCACUGUGUAUUUCAGCCAACCUAAAAAACCGGUGUCGCCGGUUUCAAAUAAUUGCUGAUCUUCAAGUCUCCUCCUCCAGAGAGAGAGAGAGGGAGAAGAAUCUCAUCAUCAAUCUCCGGAUCCAAUCCAAUCCAAUCGAUUACGUAUCGUCUCUUCAUUAGGGUCGUUGGAGAUUCUUGUGGUUAGAAGAUGGCUGACAAAGAGGAUCAUCCUCCUCCUCCUCCUCGUGGGAAUGAAUGGGAAGUUGUUUCACUUACUUCAUCAGCUUACGCUGCUUCUCCUGGUCCUUAUAACGUUGAAUCACGAGAUGCGAGGAAGUUUGAUCAUGCUUACUACGGAGCUGAGACUUCACGUGAUUUGUUCAUGUCUGAUCACUUUGUGUUCCCACCUAGCCAGCACGAGGAUUUACCAAUUGAUGAUGAUGAACCUGUUUUCGAAGAUGAAGGAAGUAAGGAUGAUGGCCAAGACUUGAUGAUGCCAGAAGAAGGUCAGGGGUUGUCUGAUGAACAUAGUACUUCGAGACAGUACAUGGAAUCAGCCAUGUAUGAACACGGGUUCAUUGAUUCUGAGCCAAAUGAGAGUGCGGAGGAUACCGUUGGACCUGAGAAGGAUGCUAAAAAGGCAAGACAUGACCUUCCUUGCGAAGCCUGGUGGAGAAGGAGAGCUGUUUCCAUGUAUAUACGCACGAGAGAAGCCAAUGCGAUGUGGUCUUUGUUCUUUGCAGCUGCUGUCACGGGGCUAGUGGUUCUUGGUCAACGCUGGCAGCAAGAGAGGUGGCAGGUUUUGCAACUCAAGUGGCAUUCAAGCAUCAGUAGCGAGAAGCUGAGCAGGGUACUUGAACCUCUCUCUCGUUUGAAAGGUGUGAUUGUGAGAGGUAACCCACAAGCUUCUCUCGUGAGGAGUGGAACCUCCGGUGAGAUCUAGAGACCAAAAGAAAACGCCAUUGUAUGAUUCGUUUCUCACACAGCACAGGUACAUAAACAAACUUGAUCUUGAGUUUACAUAUGUGUGCCUCAACGUCAAACACUAUUGGUUUUCUUCAGCUUAAGUUUUUUUUUUUGUAAGCUAAUUCUUCAGCGUAAGUUGUUGCUUCACCAUCUUGUACCAGUAGAACGGAGAUUCAAUUGCCUUCUCACAGAACUCUCAGUUCCAAAAGCUUCUUUCCCCUUUUUUUUUUGUUUUGUUUCUGGAUGUUAGCUUCUUUCUUGUCUUGGUGUGGAAAUAUAGAACGUAUUCACUUCUUUUUUUUCUUUAAAUUAUGAAUUUUACUUUCAUUGGAUGAUUCCUAAAAAGACACUACGUUCUGAUAUGUAAAAUGUAGAAUCAUAAAACAUACUCCGCAAAUAAGUCAAAUUAUUAUAGCCUUUUAGAGUGGUUGACUGCUGUCUUGAUUACUACUAGUAUUAAUUACCAUGUGAAUAUAAGUGAGGGGUUAAAAUUUUAAAACUAACUAUAAUAAUGAUUUCAUUCACCGUUUGUAACUUUUCAGUAUGUAUUUUAUUUUCUCUUAUUAUUUCUUGAUAUGGUCUUAAAUGCAAAAUGAGAAUGACAAAAAAAAUCACGUAAAAUGAACAAUGUUAUGUGGGACAAGCCACGCGCGGUAUCUAUUU